AUGAACCCAGUAGGUUCUAUUUAUACAUCUAUGGAAGCAAGAGGUCCUCAAGUAAUGUUUGGUGUUGGUGCAUGGGAACAAAUAGUCGACAGGUUUUUGUAUUGUGCAAACUCUUCAAAGGAAACAGGUGGUUCGAAGAAAAUUAAAGAAGCAAACCUUCCACCGCACACUCAUUACAGGAACUACAAACUUUUCUGGUGA